AUGCAAGAAGAUGAUGAGUGGUGCGAUGUGUCCGACGAGGACAUUCCCAAUAUUGGCUCUGAUCGGGAUGGCAGACUGCAGGAUGUUGACUGGGAGUCUAAGGGCAAAGAACUUGGACUAGAAUCAAAUAUGCCCACCCUAUUCAGCAACGAUCUACCACCUUGCGGGCUGAUGCCACAACUCGCCUACGAGAAUGUCGUCAAACGGUUACGCAAGCUGUGGUUCGAGCGUGCAACUCAACCUUCCGCCAACGUCCCCACGCUCAGUCUCUGCCGAUUACUCCUGGCCGACCUCAAGGCCGAAGAAGAAAAGACACGAUCCGGCACUCAAAGCAAUACCAAGACCCGUACCCCCUGGCGGCGCGAAGCCGUCUUCCAGUAUGAACUCCGCUGGGCCAAUUAUUUCGUCCGAGAAGCCGAAACCGCUGAUAAGAGGCCCAAGAUGACGGAGAAGCAGCUAGAUAAGCAGGAUUUCAUGGAUAGGAUGUAUCCGAUCCCGAAGGAGUUGAAGAUUCUGAUUAGGAACCAGAAGAAUCAGAAGCAAGUAUUGGAUCUGUGGAAGGCGUGGCAUCAUGGGAAGAGGGGGACGAAGGAGCAGGAGGGUGCGGGGCUUGGGAUUGGAGGUGCUAGGGAUGAGGAUGGGGAGGGAGAUGUAGAUGGGAAGGAGGAUGAGAAGGGAAGCGUGGAGGAUGCUGAGCAUGCUACGCUGAUGAAAUUAAAUUCUGCAGCUACCGCCAAGAUGGUCAACUGGACUGCCGAUAAGGACCAGAUCAUACUCAAGGGUAUCUUCAAGUUCCAUAAUAUCAAGAGCAGCGCACCCCUCCUCAAGUAUCUAUCUGAAGAGAUCGGCGGAGGUGAGUCCGUCCUUCAGUUUGCCUGUGUCACCAAGCUUCCCCAUCCUAUGCCUACAUCAUCUCAAGACGCCGGCCUCUUCCUCAUCUUUUCCCCGUCUUCACGUCCGCAUCAAAUGUUCCCAGCUUACAUCCCACGCCUAGACUGCACACCCAAAGCCGUAUCUCAUCGCCUAACCAACAUCCGCAAGGGCGGCACCACCCACGCCAACAACGGCGCGGUCAACUCGCCCACUUCCAAGACAUCACGUUCCCGCGCCAAGGCUACUCCACGUAAGAAGAAGGCUGUUUCCGAAGAGGUCGAGAGCGACGGUCCGCAGGGUCUUGUGGAUGAUGAGGAGGUGUUGCUAAGUCCGACGGCGGCUCGUGGGAAGCGCGGUAUGAGUGGUGGGGUGAAGAGGAAGGUUGAGUAUAAGGAGGAUAGUGAUCAGGAGGAUGGCGAGGGUGAGGUGGAGGAGGAGUAUGUUCCGUUGGCGAAGAGGGUCAAGGAAGAGCCGGUUGAGGAGGCUACUCUCAUUGAGGAACUGGUUGACACUGAGGUUUGA